CGGAGGAACCUCACUGAACCGGAGGACCAUGACCCGCCGCCUGAGCAGCUCCACUCGCUCGCACACUGAGGAUUCCAUCUUUCUGAAGCCGGAUGAAGAUCCCGUCUGGCUGGAUGAACCCACCAAGAUAGAAAAAGUGAGUGAUGGGGUCCUGAAGAACGAGGGGCUGACGGACGGCACUGAUGGACCACCGGGGGACGGCGCACAGGGAAAGGAGGCCUUCCUGCAGAAGGUGUUCGCUCUGGUGGUUGAGAUCCACUGCUGGGCUGCACUCUUCAUCAGCUCACAAGUUGUGGGUUACUGUGUGUUUUUCCUCCUGGAAGGAAACGGCCCCCUCUCUUCCAUCCAUAAAGCCCUACACGUCAUUGACUUCUACUUUGGCUUCCUCUUGCCUUUCCAGCGCAUCUUUGGGUUGGACUCUGUGAUGAUGAUGAAGGAGGUGGCGAACACCAAGCAGCACAAGUGGAUCGUCCAGGGAACCUUGGGCAUCGGAGCAGCCAUCUGCAUCCUCAUGGUCGUCCACAUGGCGUGUAAGUGGCGUUCUGGACUGUGGUCCACAGACAUGGUGUCCAGAGAGAUGGGUGACCGCCGGCAGUCUGUGAGCCGCCAGCCCUCCUUCACGCUGUCCGAGUGGACGGAUGCUCAGGAGGAUCUGCUGGAUGUGGAGGCUGAGCCUCAGACUCCGGUCUUUGACUCGGAGCACAGGGCGGAUGGCGAUGCCGCGACCCUCACAGUGACGCCCGUGGGGCUACAGGAGAGACGAGGCUCCAACGUUUCCCUGACCUUGGACAUGUGCACGCCGGGCUGCACCGAGCCCUACGGAUACGGAGCGCAGCUGUCUCCCAGGGACCAGUCGGCUCAGGAGUACCUCCGGGAGGGGUCGCACGUCCUGACCCCCGCCAUGCUGCACAGCAGGGCCAUGGAUGACCAGAGCCUGCAGGCGGAGUUCUAUGAAACUCCCAUGAACUUUGUGGACCCUAAGGAGUACAAUUACCCCGGGCUGGUGAGAAAGAACCGCUACAAAACUAUCUUACCCAAUACGCACAGCAGAGUCAUCCUGAAGUCACAGGACGAAGAGGACUUUCUGUCCACCUACAUCAAUGCAAACUAUCUGAAUGGCUACGGGGGCGAGGAGCAGGCCUACAUCGCCACACAGGGUCCCACUGUGAACACGGUGGGGGACUUCUGGAGGAUGGUGUGGCAGGAGAGAAGUCCAAUCAUCGUGAUGAUCACCAACUUGGACGAGAAGAACGAGAAAUGUGUGGAGUACUGGCCGGAGGACGCCGUCACCCAUGAGGGCAUUGGGAUCCGCGUUGUCUCGGUAACCCAGGAAGAUGACUACAGUCUCAGGGUGUUUACUUUGAAGUGUGGGGAGGAGCAGCGCCGUCUGAAGCAGUACUGGUACACCUCCUGGCCUGACCAGAAGACCCCAGACAAAGCCCCACCCCUUCUGGAGCUGGUACAGGAAGUGGAACGAGCCAGAGAGGAAGCCCCGCCCUCCAGUGGCCCAAUCAUUGUCCACUGCAGUGCUGGGAUUGGUCGAACAGGCUGCUUCAUCGCCACCUCCAUCCUGUGCAAACAGCUGAGGACUGAGGGCGUGGUCGACAUCCUGAGGACCACCUGCCAGCUCCGUCUGGACAGGGGCGGGAUGAUCCAAACCUGUGAGCAGUACCAGUUUGUGCAUCACGUCCUCAGCCUGUAUGAGAAGCAGCUCUCCUGCACCGCCGAGGAGUAGUAGGGGGGCGCCACGGCUGCACCCACACGAGACACACCACUGUACCCCCAACUGCCUCUGGCGCCGCGCUUCGCUGUACCUGAGCUCGCCCACUGAGGGCUGCAGCCCACGCCAUCUGUCCACGCGAAGCGCUCCACGGGGAGGCGGGAUCUGAGGCAGAAAAUCAAACAGGAAGUUGUCAUCAGUCCACAGCUCACUGCUGAGCGAUGGCAAUGCGCUCUCACUCCAGCAAACGUUCAUUUGCACGGCUUAGGCUUCUUCCACCGUGGUCUUCAUCAGUUUCAGGCGUCUCCUGGUCAGGACGGCUCCGUCUCAUCAUAACUGAGGUCUUCAAUCAUCUGUAGAGAAGUUUGCUUCAGAGAAAACUCAGAACAAGGCCCCUUUAGGACACCAACUAGACAGAGAUAAUCAGAUGCCAGCAAAGUAUAGCAUUGAUAUUAGAAUGUCCAUGAGGUGAAUUGUUGUUGUCAUGUAAAACCAAACGUCACAGAAGGCGUGAGUCUCCUCAUCUCCAGGUUGCAUGGUGCUACGUGUUCAUUCAUGGCGGCGUCUGAAAUGUAACGGCACAUAGGAAUGUAACCGUUAUGGUCAGAUGGUCCACCGUGUUUACAGGAAACCUGUGCAUUUAGGCCUCAUGGACGUUCCCUCACAGGCGUCACAGAGCCAGCAGCUGGGCCAGGACUGGCUUCUGACAGUGGACAAAGUUCUUCUCAAGGCCAUUCAUCAGAGGGUGUCCAGCAAAACUUGCCAAAAAAAAGGAGAAGACUUCUGAUCAAGGUGUCGCCACCUGGAUUUCCUGGGCUGUCUCUGCUUUCACCAGUAGCUGAGGCUCAUGGGAAGCCUGUGAUUGUUGUAUAGACCGGUCCGGCCCAAAUCUGUACGAAGCACAAUAGACCGUGAGGUUGUCUCUGAUGUUAUGCUGUAAACUUUUUUUUCCCGUAUCGUGUUUUGAUGGUGUUGAGUUUAAUGGAUUGCAUGUGCCGUAUGGGACUCCACGGGUCCACAAUCAAAGCGAUGUGAUUGGUCGUCCUGCUUUCCGUUGUGUACAAUGGUUUGAAGCAUAUUGUUCUAUUGCUUGCUCUCGGCCAACGCUUUUGAUACCGUUUGCUUUUGUGAAACAAACCAGAGAUAUUUUUAGAACAUUUUGAUACAAUCCUUUCGAGUAGAUGCCUUGUGUACAUUUCUGUUUACACCAUGAUGGAAUGUAGCUCAUACUGUGGAUCAAACUAUUGGUUUAUAUUGCAAGACUUAAUGGAACAAAAUGUGACGACUACCUAAGUUACCUUACAGUACAGAGAAUAGAUAGAAUAUGUUCGGUAUUAUUAUGACAUUGGGCCUUUAGGCUUUGCUUUAAUAUGCUUUGCUUUCUGUGUUUGUUUCGUUUGAAACGAUUUUACCUCAGACAGACUUUUUCCGCGGUUCCUGCAUCCAUCUGUCGUCUAACUACACAGCUGAGAGAUGAUUGUAAGGCAGCUAAAACUCUCCACAUGCUUUUCUAUGGUACAAAAACCCAACCGCAUGUUCGGCCGUGAACUUCCUCAAAUGACCGAUUCAGUCCGGUUGGAUCGGCGCAAUCGGAACACAUCAGCUGGAAAUAGGAAGUAAGUCUGCCAAACUGUUCUUCUACCGGAGCACAGGACUGAGCGGCACUCAUCUGUUUUUCUGAUGUCACCCUCUGAUCGAGUCUGAAUGAGAGGAUUUCAUGACAAAGACUUGUUAUCAGUGCUCCAGACGAUGAAAACAUCGGUCAGAACAUCAGCAACAACAACCAGCAUCAGUGUUUGUCUCCUCUGCUACAGUAUUGCUUUCAGUAGUGGGAUUUUGCAUCCAAAUAAAGGUAGAUUUUCAUGAAAACA